UCAAAUGUUUAUCUUUCCUGGAUAUUCGAUGAACAACGAUUGCUAUCCAUCAGUUGUUUGUCCUGGUUGCCGAAGAAAUCUUUACAGACUCAAAAAGGGAGACUCAUCUCGUGGUGAAUGGGGAGCUAAGGUUACCAAGGUAGAGUGGAAAACCCUUUUGAGAAAUAGCCCCAGAACCAGUCUAACUCUUCCAGAUGAGAUAACUAAUUUUCCGACAACUAAGUCAAGUAUAUCAAAUUUAAAGAAUUCAUUUCUUUCCGCACAAGAAGUUGCAGUAAAUUUAAAUAAACAAAUAAAUACAACAUGGAAAGUCCACAUUCUACUGUGUCAUGUACAGCCAUAUGUGGAACACCAUAACAAAGGAUUGGGUAACUUUGCUGAACAAUGUGGAGAAAGUAUUCAUGCAAAGUUUAAGCCAACAUGGACAAGGUUUAAGAGACAAAUAGAGCAUUCCGAACAUGGUGACAGGCUAUUAUCAGCAGUAGUUGAUUUUGGAGCAAAAAGAAUUUGAUUUUGUUUAUAAUUUUAUUUAUAUAGUUAUAUGUAUAUAUGUAUAUUUAUAUUGUGUGUGUGUGUGUGUG